GCCGAUGAAGUCCUCCGAUGUUGGGACGUGCUGCCGUUUCCUAGACAAGUCAGUUGCUACAGCAGCAUCAGCGACCGACACAGACAAGAGAGAUGGAGGACUUUGAGGAUGUGGAGGAGGCUCCGCCCUCCAACGAAGAGCUGAUCCCCUGUAAAAUCUGUGGAAGGAGCUUCUUCACUAAAGUCCUGAAGAAACAUACCCCAAUCUGUCAGAAAGCAGCAGCUAAGAAGAGGAAGGUGUUUGACUCUGGCAGGCAGAGAGCUGAGGGAACAGAGAUCUCCACUAUCAAACCCAUCAAACCUAAGUCACACACUUCUACAACCACUGCUAAGAGUGUGAAACCGGAGCCUCCUAAGAAGCAGUCUAACUGGCGCAGGAAACACGAGGACUUCAUCGCCACAAUCAGAGCUGCCAAGGGCAUCACUCAGGUCAUGAAGGAGGGGGGGCCCUUACCCCCUCCCCCACCACCCUCCUACGACCCAGAUUAUAUCCAGUGUCCAUAUUGCGAGCGGCGGUUCAGUGAGAAUGCAGCAGACAGACACAUGAAAUUCUGUAAGGAGCAACACGCUCGAAUGCAGAACAAGGCCAAGGUACCUGGGGCUGUGGACGUCAAGAAAACACCUGCACGCACACAGUUCAAGCCUCCUGCUGCCGUGAAGAAGUCUAACUCUCCUGCUGUGUCCGCUGUGCCCUCUUCCUCCCGCUUACCCCAGAGAUCUGUCCUGGGCCAGCCCUCAGGGAUUUCGUCCAGUAAGGUUCCCUCUGCAGGAUCAGUGAGGAGCACUCCGUCUGGUUACUCUCCUAACCGCACCGCCGCUUCUGGCCUCACUAGUCCACCUUCAGGUGUUGUCGGUAAGCCCCGUCCAGUAGGUUCCUAUGGCUCUGUGAAGAUCUCUCAGACAGCAGGGGGACUCAACAACCGGAAAGCCUACAACGCAGACAAAUACAACUCCAGGAGCGAUGCCAAAAGUGAAAAUGAUGUGGAUAAUGGUGGAAUGAUGACAAAGUUCUGCCACGAGUGUGGAACCAAGUACCCUGUAGACUGGGCCAAGUUCUGCUGUGAGUGUGGGGUUCGUAGGAUGUGUAUUUAAAGGAGGAGAGGAGGAGAAGAGAGAGGAGUAGAGGAGAGGGGUAGAGGAGGAGAAUACAGAGGGAUAGAGGAGUAGAGGAGUGGGGUAGAGGCAAGAGAGUAGAUGUAGAGAGGAGUCUAGGAUGUCCUUCUGAGAGACGGGAGGAGAGAGAAAGAAGGGAGGAGGAUAGGAGAACGGAGAAAAAUAUAUGAGAGAAAAGAGGAAAGAUGAGAGGAGAGGAGGGAAAUAGGAAAUUAAAUAAAAGGGUGGCACUUCACUGGAACCCUGGGCCAUAAUGGUGUUAUAACACUUACCUAGCUAAAAUAGUACUUGGCCAGCAGGAAUGAGUUUUUUCCCCCUCAUAAUAUUGUAAAGUUAGUUUGAUAUCAGCGCACAUAACUGUUAAUGUCAUUAUUAUGACAGUGUUAUGUAGGCUUUACAACAGAAGGCUCAAGUAAAUAAUUACCCCAAAUUUACAUUUACGUUUACAUUUUAGUUAUUUAGCAGACACUCUUAUCCAGAGUGCAUACAUUUUUUUUUUUUCAUACUGUCCCCCCAAUUUCCAUCCUAACCCAUUCUUAUCCCAACCAGUGUACCAUGGUCUACAAGCCCUCUCCAAUAUAACCCUAGGUAGAAACCCACACUCUCAUCCCAUCUACUCCCUCCCACCCGUUUCUCUCCUGCCUCACAUAUUCAAUGUGUUACUAUUGAAGUGCAAUAUGAUUGACUACUGAUAAAAAAAAAGGAGUUUAAUUCUUGAAGAUGAAUGGAAUGUGUGAUGUGGCAAAGUGGACUCAUUCUUUUCAUUGUCAUGAGUAUAAUUAAUGUUAAGUAUUUGGAAAAGAAUACACAUUGUUUUUACUGGGACCAGUGUAAAAGCAGGUUGACCUUUAUUGUUAUCAGUCUUGUCCUGGAGGCAGAACUGAGGUCGUGUCUACACUUGACACUUACAUGCGACUUCUGCUAUCAGAAUACGAAGAUCGCAUUGAAAAGACGGGUCUAGACGCUUUGUGGUCGAAUUGUGUUAAGAUCUGACUGACCACUUCAGGAGGUGGUGAGGGAUGCAUUGUGUGCGGAUUUCCCCUCAGUCUGGACGCAAUCAGGCUACCGAAAGCGCAUACAGUGGGCGACAUCAUCGGCACUCCUCCCACAAGUCUCCAGAAAACAUGUUUUGGGACAGAGAGGUACCUUUUCAUUAUAACGUUGGAGGAAAUACCUUCCUAGCGUGUGAGGAACGUGUUUGCUGGCCUCAAAUGGUAGCCAGCUAGCUAAUAUUUAGAAAAACGUUUUUGUUUAGCUAGAGUUAUCCCGUUUGCAAUCCCUUUAGCGUUGCUCACUAGCUUGCCGGCUAGCUACAGAGGUUAGCUGGCUAGUUAGCUACAGUAGUUAUUUUCAUAUUUGGCCUAUUCCACCGUUUGUAGAAUGCAUACAUACUGGCAUUUGGAAUCCGGACACACUGUGGACAUGGUAGACACGUUUAAAUGUAGGUGUAGACGUAUGACCUGAUCAGAACUAUAUGAACAGAAUACAAAAUCUGCAUGAACUGUCAAGUCUAGACACGGCCCGGGUGAUUUCCCCUUAGGACAGCUGCAAAGUCAAAAUUGUCUAUAUUGUAAAAAUUCAUGAAAACAAAAAUGUACUUUUUGGUCUUCAUUUAGGGUUAGGCAUUAGGUUUAGCAGUGUGGUAAGGGUUAGGUUUGAGAUCAGAUUUUAUGACUGCAGAGCUGCAUCUAGAACAAAAUUAAUGACGAAAAUAAACAUUAACAUGCAGUGUAAGAGGCCAUUGCUGUUAAAUAGUUGUGGUACAGGUCAGGGAUUUUAAAUAAUUUUAAAGGCAGCAAUUUCAAAACACGGUAUAACAUGUCCGAUACAAGGCGUUAAAAUUGACCAUCAUUCAUAUACUGCUAUUUCCACAUACUGUAUACAAGGAAAUGGGUUCAUUUAUUUCAUCUCUGUUUUUUUUUUUGUUGUAUUUUUUUUGUGGUUUUGUUAAAGCCUUUCUCUGUAUCUA